UUGAAAUUAUAUCAAACCGGUAACUUUAUUGUUUUGCUCUCAGUGCCAGCCCAGUUUAUAGCCGGUCGGACAGGAGCGGGUCUUCUCAUUCUCAACGGCUUCACCUUUUACAUGAAGAACCAUCAAGCCCAUGGCAAAAAACAAUGGUAUUGCUCUUCCCGAGAUGUCCAUGGAUGUCGAGCUGAUGUAAUUACAUACAGAGAUAUAUAUUACCUACCCUCUCAUCGAAGCGGCAGUAUGGUUCUUAUUUUCAAGGAGAAUAAAUACUGGAUUAAUAAUCGAUAUCAGAAUACAAUAAAUUGGACUUGCAGAGACAGGAAGCGUAUUGGUUGCAACAGUUGUGUUCAGACUACGGUGGAAGGACGCUACAUCAAACAUAAGGGCUUUCAUAAUCAUGAAGAUAAUUAUACUAAAUAUAAUUUCAAUGACUGAUGCCGCGAUUCUUUCUCUAACCUGCCUGUUAUCACAUCAGUUGAAAGUAUUACAAAGGAGUAAGGUUAUUAUUAAUAAAAUGUACGUGAGUAGGCUUAGAGAAAGGAUAAUUGUACUUAUCCAAUAGUUGAUAUUACCCAUAUUUAGCUUAAAAUCAUCAUUCCAAUUCAGUGAGUUUGUAUAAGAGGUUGGAAGUAUUAUUUAAUGUAUCUCUAUUAGUUUAGAAUUAAAACUUAAUUUUGUAUUUUCAAUCAAAUAUAUGCGUAAAUGUAAGUGUCAAAUGUACUUAAGUCUAAGAUUAUGUUUAGUUUGAGGCACAACUUAUUACUAGUCAUCUUAAUUGCGUGAUAUCUUCCACGUGCCAAAUUUUUCUUUUAAACCUUAGGCAUAAUAUUCUUGGUGUAUUCAACUCUCGUCAGUUCAAGCAUAAAGUUUUGCGCCAAUUAAUGAAAAAUUGAGGUGAUUAUGCAAAUUUUAUGCCACUUACCACAAGAUGGCGUAAUAUUAAAUAAAUAUAAAUAUAUCUAAUCAAUAAAUGUAUUAAAUAAAUUGUUAACGUCACACGUAUGAUAUGUAGACAAAGUAUUUUUUAAACAGACAUUAUUUGCGUCAAAAAAUUAACUUUAUUGUUAUCUGAAAUUAAACCUUCUUUCAUAGUAAUAAUUACGUUCACAAAUAGAAUCAAACAAUAGGUAUGCUAUAAUAAUAUAAAGAAAUGUCUUUAUGCUUAAACUUAUAUUGUUGCACGUCUACUUUGUAAGAAUAUACCUAAUCAUUAAAAAAACAUGUUUUUCUACGCAAAUAUGAUGCAUCUUUAUCUUGCAAAUAGCUUCUAUUAAGGCUUUUUUGCUAGCUAUCACGCUGCAGAGCGACUUAAAAGAAAUUAAUUUUAUUUAAGAAAUAAUUUAUUUAUAAGAAACACAAUCCCGUCUUAACAGGUGAACCUAAACGUACAAGAAUACACAACAAAUGAAAAAAAAAUUACACACAAACUAAAUACCAAACAAAAGAAAUUAAUUUGACCCGAACCAUCUCUUUUAUAGGGUAAAGGGUCAUUUUUAAGUUAUGUAGUGCUAUAAUAGAAUGUUAAAACAGGUAAUUUGUUUCAGUCAAAUAUAUUGUCUCAAGCCAUAGGGGGAAAG